CGUCACCGCCUCUUCCCCACGGAAAUCAAAGGAGUACUUCCGGUUUCGGCAACAACCUGAGCCGGCGGCAUAGGUUAGCUUUAGGGCUUCGCUUCGAAGCUCCGCCUUCGCUCCGGUCUUUCUGGAAACACCGUUUUGAUCUCGGCACUGCGGGACAGCGUCGCAGACGCUCGUGUGAGCCUCAAUGGCAGAUACGACCCCGAACGGCCCGCAAGGGGCGGGCGCUGUGCAAUUCAUGAUGACCAAUAAGCUGGACACGGCAAUGUGGCUUUCUCGCUUGUUCACAGUUUACUGCUCUGCUUUGUUUGUUCUGCCUCUUCUUGGGUUGCAUGAAGCAGCAAGCUUUUACCAACGUGCUUUGCUGGCAAAUGCUCUUACCAGUGCUCUGAGGCUGCAUCAGAGAUUACCACACUUCCAGUUAAGCAGAGCAUUCCUGGCCCAGGCUUUGUUAGAGGACAGCUGCCACUACCUGUUGUAUUCACUCAUCUUUGUAAAUUCCUACCCAGUUACAAUGAGUAUUUUCCCAGUCUUGUUAUUCUCAUUGCUUCAUGCUGCCACAUACACGAAAAAGGUCCUUGAUGCAAGGGGUUCAAAUAGUUUACCUCUGCUGAGAUCUGUCUUGGACAAAUUAAGUGCUAAUCAACAAAAUAUUUUGAAAUUCAUUGCUUGCAAUGAAAUAUUCUUGAUGCCUGCAACAGUUUUUAUGCUUUUUAGUGGUCAAGGAAGUUUGCUCCAACCUUUUAUAUAUUAUCGAUUUCUUACUCUUAGAUAUUCAUCUAGAAGAAAUCCGUAUUGUCGGACCUUAUUUAAUGAACUGAGGAUUGUUGUUGAACACAUAAUAAUGAAGCCUGCUUGCCCACUGUUUGUGAGAAGACUUUGUCUCCAGAGCAUUGCCUUUAUAAGCAGAUUGGCACCAACAGUUCCGUAGUUUAACAUCUAGUUAAGCUAUAAAUAUAGUAUAAGCAUUAUUAGCAGCUGGUACUUCUGCUAGGGGUUGUAAAUUCCAGGUGUUACACUGACCUCAAUCCAAUUUACAUAAUUUACAUAAAUGCAUCUCAGUGGAAGAAUAAUAAUUUUCUUGGCAUGUUAAAUCAAGCUUAAGAAGUUUUGAGAAAAUUUUACUGCGCUGUGUUGCUAAUGGUUAAAGAAGUCUGUAUCUAGUGAUAAAUAUACCAAUUUUUUUUUUAAAAAGAUGCUGUUGUGCCUAUAUCAUAAAGUACAUUUAUUUCUCCUAUAAAAAUAGCUCUAAAAUUUGUUUCAACCUAAUUGGUACCCUGAAUUUCUAUCUGGCAUGAGUUCAUUAUGUUGAUACACAUAUGUGAAUUCAGUACAGUUUGAGAAAAGUAUUCUACCAUUCAGUAAUUUUGGUUAAUGAUUUUAAUAUUUCUCAGUGUAUUUAAUUUCUAAUUGUUUUUUAAUUGGUUUUAUGCUGCUUUGUUAGGACAGAUGUGUUUUGAAUGUACCAUUAUAAGAAAAAUUCUACAUAUCUUAAACUAUGACCUUUUAAAAUUUUAUUUCCAUAAGUAGUUUUGUGGUCUUGAGUAUGUUUUAAAAGGCUCAACUGUAAGUGUCUUUGCCAACUGGAUAAAUUUUUGGGGUCACCUAGCCAUUGAAAGCAGAAAGCAGCAGUGACACAGCUUUCCUUUCAGAGAGCCAUUGAGAAACAUUUCUCAAAUAGGAAAUCCUUCUUUUCCUGAUGUGGGCAUAUAUAUUAUUUGUAUUAUAGUUUGUAGAACUACCUAGUUCAGAAUCUUGACUGCCGGUUUUCUUGGUUUCUUAGGCUUGAAUUUUCAUAGACAAUUGCAACAGUUUAGAUGCCUUUUGAAAGGAAUGUAACUGAAGAUUCAGCAUCUGACUGUAUGUGUGUCUAUUCUGAAAUACUAAUGGAGAGUAUCCUGUAGAGUUCAUAUUUACCCAUCAAAUCUGACUUAAAAGGUUAAAUGGAAGAUUUUAUAGGUAAGGUAAUUGGUUAGGAAAGGGGUAGGGGGAGGAAUUGUGGGGGAAUAGUGUACAUUCCAGUCUCUUAAUGCAUAGAUACAUUUAGGAGAAUUGGAUGUAUUAUGCAACUUUGAUUUGGGUUGUAAAAUGUGUUAAAUCCUGUUCAUUGCGUUCCCAUCAACUCUUUUAUAAAAUUCAUACUGAUCUUUGCUACCGUUGCAUGAUUAGAAAUGUUUAAAACAUUGUAAAGUUUUAAUAUAGAGUAAUGUAAUGGUUUUUGUGACCAGUUUUCUGUCUGCAUGUAAUUUGGAUUUCUCAAAUACAUUCGUUAGUAAUUUAUCAGUAGCAUUAUUUUUAUUUUUGUUCAUCUUUCUAAUCUAUAGAAAGGGGAUACUCUGCUGGGCGUGGUGGCUCACGCCUGUAAUCCCAGCACUUUGGGAGGCCUAGGUGGGUGGAUCACAAGGUCAGGAGAUCAAGACCAUCCUGGCCAACAUGGUGAAACCCCAUCUUAGAAAAAAAAAAAAAAAGAAAGGGGAUAUUCUUAGGAUAAAUACAUGAAAAAUUAUACUUGAUAGCUUAAAUAUAAUCAGCUAUUUUUGUAUUUUUGUAAUAUUUGUUCACUAAGUUGGAGAAGCAGCCUUAUAAUAUGCAGUUGAUUUUGUGUGUGUGGCUAAUCUCAUUGUCACUAUGUAAAGUAACCUAAUGGUUUUAGAAACUAAACUUUCUAAAGCAAUAAAAUGACUGUAAUAUUAAGUAAACAUAAUAUGGAUUUCUAAUUAUGUUUUUAAAAAUGAAGUCUUGAAUUAUAUCAAGAAAUUUUGGCAGCUGAAGGCAUAUUUAUGUUGAAGCUAUUAGUUUUUUCCUAUAAUUUAAAAAAAUCUUUUAGAUUUAUAGAAGAGUUGGAAAUGUACAAGGGAGGUUUUGUUUUUCAUUUUUUUGUUUUUUUUGUUUUUUUUGAGACAGAGUCUCACUCUUACCUAGGCUGGAAUGCAGUGGCGUGAUCUCAGCUCACUGUAGCCUCCACCUCCUGGAUUCAAGUGAUUCUCCUGUCUCAGCCUCCUGAGUAGCUGGGACUACAGGCCCACACCACUAUGCCCACCUAAUUUUUAUAUUUUUAGUAGAGAUGAGGUUUCACCACGUUGGCCAGAAUGGUCUCAAUCUCCUGACCUCUUGAGCCACCAUGCCCGGCCAAGAGAGUUCUUUUGCAUACCCUUUAUUUAGCUCCUCUCAUGUUAACAUUUUAUAUAACUGUAGAACAUUUAUCUAAAGUAAGAUAUUAGCCCUGGAACAAUACCACUAGCUAAAGUAUAAAACUUAUUUGAAUUUCAACAGUUUUUUUUUAUUAUUAUUUUUCUUAUAUGUGCUCUGAUAACCAUGAUCCAUGAUUUUUUUUUUAACCAUGAUUGUCUUCUAAAGAUCUGUAAAUAUGUCUCUUUUUCAGUGUUUCCUCUUUAUUUUAAAAAAUACUAUUGGUCAAGAUAAUUGGUCAAUAAUCCAUGUUGGUUUUAACAUUAAAACUACUACAAUAUAAAACAACACUGUGCUAUAAAUUGAGGUUUUUGUGUCAUUAUAGCAGAAUUAUAUUUCAGAUAUACUCAUGUUUGACAAGUUGAAACAUAGACUUGUUUCUUAAAGGAAGGCUUAAUAUACAAAAAAGGUACCCUUAAACUCAUGAAAAAGUAAAUUUUACAAUUUGAGCAUUAUUAGAUGCUUAGUUUGCAUGAACUCAUAGUUAGAAAUUCUACAGUAGGAAUAUCUACAACCAGCUGAUUUGGAAUUUGAAAUUAAUAGUGUUAUAUGUAUACCUAUCAAGUUGAAAUUAAGGAAAUACAGUAGCAAUAUAUAGAAUGAAUGUAGUAAGAGAAAUCAACUCUACUGCAUCCUUAAAGUUAUUGUUAGUUCAGGUUUAAAAGAAGCUCCUUUAACAUCCAGAGUGUCUAAUCUUCAGGAAUUGGUGUAGUACCAUUGUUCUAGCACUUUUAAAUAUUAAACCCUUUUGGAUAGAUGGAAGCCUUAUAUAAAAUCUACUUUGUUUUAGCAGGGAUUCCGUAUCCUUUUAUAUAGUUGAUACCUUAUUAAUUUCAACUCUAACAUUAGUCUAAAGAGAAAUUUCUCUUUUUUUCCCCCUAACCCUAACCCUAAAGAGAAAUUUCUUAAGUGCAAUUUGUAUUUAAUUUUUUUGGAAUAAAAUUUAGAGGUAAAUGUUCCUGGAAGAAAGAAAAACAGCAAACUUUUUAUAGAAAAUUGAUUUGAAUAUUUAAGAAUGUUCCUUAUAGAGAAAAUCAAGGCCAGCUAUAAUACUAAACUAAAAGUAAUGAAAAAUUAAUAGGUUCUGUUAUAGAGCUGAGAAUUAUAAAACUAUCAAUACAUCCUUCUUCCUAAAAGUCCAGAUCAAAAAUUCAGGUUAGGUUUGCAAGUUCAGGACACAAAUAAUAUUUUUUUCUGGAAAAGAAGAUGAGUAUAUGUGUAAUAAGACAAACAGAACUGAGAGAUUUAGGGUAAGUUUUAGUUCAGAAUAAAUUCAUUUUGAGAGAUUGAGGUGAAUAAUUUUAACUAAUGCUAAUGUUAAGGAGUUUAUUUUGAUUAACAUAGUUAUUCUGACCACCACCUCUUCUUCAAUCUCUGUAGAAUCUGAGUCUCAAAGCUGUCACGCAAGUGAGACUAGUUUUGAUACUUGGAAAUGAAAAACUUCAAGGAAGUAGCCACAGACAGUUAUGUUUAGUAUCAGUAGGUGGCACUCUUUCCUCAGACAGCCCCCCAUUUUCACAUGUUGUGUUUGAAGGUUAAAUGCCACCAAGUUUUGAGUCAGCUAUAAAACUAAGCAUCUGAAUUCCUUGGCCAUUUUAAAUAUGUAAUCAUUUGAGAUUGAAAAAAUAUUAAAUAAGCAUUUUUUUUUUGAGACAGUUUCACUCUUGUUGCUCAGGCUGGAGUGCAAUCACGUGAUCUCAGCUCACUAUAACCUCUGCCUCCCAGGUUCAAGCAAUUCUCCUGCCUCAGCCUCCCAAGUAGCUGAGAUUACAGACACCUGCCACGAUGCCCAGCUAAUUUUUUUUACUUUUAGUGGAGAUGGGGUUUUACCAUGUUGGCCAGGCUGGUUUUGAACUCCUGACCUCAGGUGAGCCACCACGCCCAGCCUACUUUUUAAAUAUUGAAUUAUUCAAAAGAAAUACCUUGUCAAUAUGUGCUUUCUAGGAAAACAGCAAAAUAGGCCACAAUUUGGAGCGACAUCAUUCAAAUCAUGGUCUAUCCAGUUUUUUCUUUCCAUGCUAAGUGCCUAAAACUGAAAUACACUAACAUACAAUUGUCCUUUCUCCUUUAUUUUCAGAUGUGUAGCAAAUGGUAUUUAAAAUGUUUUCGUUAUCAUUUUGUAGGUAAAGUAGAUAUAGCCAGUUCAAACUCUUUUGAAAUUUAGACUUUUCAUAGUAAUAUAAAAGCAUAUUGAAAUUUGUAGAUACUGUAUCAGGAAUGGUACCUAGAUUUGAAAAUUAAACUUGGCUUGUAGAGACAACUAGUUUCUCUCUCUCUCUCUCUUUAAGACAGAGUCUUGCUUUCUUGUCCAGGCUGGAGUGCAGUGGUGCUGCCUCGGCUUACUACAGCCUCCACCUCCUGGGCUCAAGGGAUUCUCAUGUCUCAGCCUUCCUACUAGCUGAGACUACAGGCGUGCACCACCAUGCCCAGUUAAUUUUUGUAUUUUUGGUAGAGACAGGGUCUCACCAUGUUGAUCAGGCUGGUCUUGAACUCCCAGCCUCAAGUGAUCUGCCUGCCUCCGCCUCCCAAAUGCUGGGCUUAGGUGUGAGCCACCACACCUGGCUGAGACAACUAGUUUCUCUUGAACUCAUUGGAAUUCUCCAGGAUUAGGAAAAUUCCACAGAGCCUAUAUAAUAUUAUAGCUCAACAUUUAGUAUACCAAAGGCAUACCUGUGUAAAUCUAAGAGUUAUUUCCAGAGAUUGUUUUAAGGAACAGUCCCAUAUUCAGGGCAGAAAGUUAUGAUUGGAUCUGCUAUUAAGGAUAAAGGAGCUGCUAAAAGUUUGGGAGGUUUCCUAGUGGUAACUAUUCUAGGAAAUAUUUAUGUUCUAAGGCGGUGUUCAUGUGGGUUCUCUAGAAGGAUCAUAUUUCUAUAUGAUGAAUUAACUCGAUAGCCUUUCUCCUCUUGUGCAUACAGGAAAUCUGACCUGCAUUGUUUAAGUUGAUGUGACGAGAUAAAAUACAGUAUUUUAAAAUCUAGAGCAGAUUCCUUUCUUAGAAAACAAUAGGAAAAAAUUACAGAUGGAUAUCUUUACUGGAAUUUAAAAAUUAGCUCAUAUUCCAGGAGAAAGAAUGACCUAAGAGUCAUUUUAUGUUAUCUAGCCUUUUGAAGCUACUCACUUGAUACGCUUAGCACUUUGGAAAUAACCUUUUUUUCUCGGUUCAUGACAGUUUAAUUCCAAACUUUUACUAUUUUCUUUUGUAACUUUUAGAUAGCGCAGUUCCUUUUGAUACUAAUUUUUGCCUACAUAUAUAUUUUUAAGUUGAGACCAAAUAGGUGAAAUGUUGAGCAAGUAACAUUUAUUAUGUGUGUAUUGGAACAAAUGUAAAAGGGUUACAAAGAUUAGAAACAGGGUCAUAAAAAAUGGCUUGAUUUAUAAAUGCAUUACUUCUGGUGCUUUAUAUAAUGGGAUAUAUCGAACUAAAAAUUUGUACAUACAGUAUGUCAGCAUUUCUUAGUAACUUCUCCUGAAUCCAUUUUUAAUAUCUAAUACUGUACCGAUUGGGGAGUUAUAUUCUUCAGGCCAAUACUAUCCAGACUAUAUAAAUUUAUAAAACCGAAAAAUUCACUUCCUUGUAUUCAAGACCAAAGCUCAUAAAUGCUAAUGUAGGGCUCAAAGGGGAAGUAUAGUUCUCCUGCAUAUUUGAGAAAAUGUGAAGUCCUUUCAAGAAAAUCUAAUAAACAUAAUAAUCAUAGCCUGCUGACACUAAGGAAAAAGGACCUCAUUCACUCUUUCUUUAUGCAGCAAUUUACUGGUCCCUACUGAUUUCCAAAUUGGAUCACUGUAGUAAAUUAUCCAUGCUGGUACCUGUGAAAGUAAGCCGUGGGAUCCAUAUUUGUUUUGUGUUCUGCUUAAAUCAGCAAGAAUGAUAAAUUUGAUGGUGUGAAAUUGGAAGUAUCAAGGGCUUUCUUUGGUGAAUGAGCGAAGUAACGUCUCUACUUGUAAUUUAUUGUGACCCUUUUUCACUGUAUGUGCUUUGUAUGUCUAAUAUUUAUUUCAAUGCAAAUUAAAUUGUUUCUUCAUCUAUAUUGUUAUAUCUAAGAUUUUAUUGAUGUAAAAAUCUAAUUGUGGAAUAAAAAUCUCUCUGGAUUUAA